AUGUGGCACUUUAUAUAUCACCAAGAUCGACACGUACUCCCAGUAUGCUCGGGCUCGGUUAUCGAGCGACUUCGUGUGCCUUACACAAAUCGAUCAAAUGUAACUCACACGCUAUCUCAACAAAAGGUGGAAGCUUGGUACCCUGAAGAACCGAACAUUGCAGUUCGGUCGGCUUUGACUAUUGGGUUUGCUAAACGACCCAAAUAUUUGCGAUUUUUUUACCCAAGUAUCCAACAUAUCGACUUAAAGCUCAGCUCUUUUGAUCGCGCUAGAGACAUUAAUGUGGAUGCAGAUACAUGA